UGAGCAAACACCUCCUCCUCCCGGCCCCCAUCCCAAUUUCAGUUAGGAAUUCGGAACCUACCCUCUCCGGAGCUCGGAGGCGGCGGGACCGGUCGGCACCUCCGCGGGGACGAGUCAGCAGGUUUUAAGAUGCUGCGAGUACAAAGGACCAAACUGGGCAGGCUGGGGCUCAGCUUCUCCAAAGGGCUUCACCACAAAGCGGUGAUGGCCCUGAGGAGGGAGGAUGUGAAUGCCUGGGAGAGGAGGGCGCCUCUGGCUCCCCGGCACAUCAAAGGGAUCGCCAACCUGGGAUACAAAGUCCUAAUACAGCCUUCCAAUAGGCGAGCCAUUCAUGACAAGGAAUAUGUCAAAGCUGGUGGCAUUCUUCAGGAGGAUAUUUCUGAAGCUUGUCUAAUUUUGGGAGUUAAAAGACCCCCAGAGGAAAAAUUAAUGCCUAAGAAGACUUAUGCAUUCUUCUCCCACACAAUAAAGGCUCAGGAGGCCAAUAUGGGCUUGCUGGAUGAGAUUCUGAGACAGGAAAUCCGACUUAUUGAUUACGAGAAAAUGGUGGAUCAUAGAGGAACACGGGUAGUGGCGUUUGGACAGUGGGCAGGUGUGGCAGGGAUGAUCAACAUUUUACACGGAAUGGGGCUAAGGCUCCUCGCUUUGGGACAUCACACACCUUUUAUGCACAUUGGCAUGGCCCAUAACUACAGGAACAGCAGCCAGGCUGUGCAAGCUGUCCGCGAUGCUGGCUAUGAAAUAUCUCUGGGUUUGAUGCCAAAGUCGAUAGGGCCUUUAACGUUUGUGUUCACAGGGACUGGUAAUGUAUCUAAGGGAGCCCAAGAAAUCUUCAAUGAGUUGCCUUGUGAAUAUGUGGAACCACAUGAAUUAAAAGAAGUUUCCCAAAAUGGAGACCUGAGAAAAGUGUAUGGGACGGUGUUAAGUCGCCAUCAUCAUCUUGUCAGGAAAACAGAUGGUGUGUAUGAUCCUGUAGAGUAUGACAAAUACCCUGAGCACUACAUAAGUCGUUUUAAUACUGACAUUGCACCCUAUACAACUUGUUUAAUUAACGGAAUCUACUGGGAGCAAAACACCCCUCGUCUGCUAACUCGCCAAGAUGUCCAGACUCUCUUGGUUCCAGGCAAGUCCUCUGUUGCCGGUGUGGAAGGCUGCCCUGCAUUACCACACAAACUUGUGGCGAUAUGUGACAUUUCAGCUGACACAGGAGGAUCUAUAGAGUUUAUGACUGAAUGUACGACAAUAGAGCAUCCCUUUUGUAUGUAUGAUGCAGACCAGCAUAUUAUUCACGACAGUGUUGAAGGUUCUGGGAUUCUGAUGUGUUCCAUUGACAAUUUGCCAGCACAGCUUCCGAUUGAAGCUACGGAAUACUUUGGAGACAUGCUUUACCCUUACGUUGAAGAAAUGAUAUUAUCAGAUGCGACACAGCCUCUUGAAAGUCAGAAUUUUUCUCCCGUGGUGCGAGACGCAGUGAUUACAUCCAAUGGUGUAUUGACUGAUAAGUAUAAAUAUAUCCCGAAACUCCGAGAGAGCAGGGAACUUGCUCAGUCACUUUCAAUGGGCACCAAGAAAAAGGUCUUGGUUCUUGGAUCUGGUUAUGUAUCUGAACCUGUGUUGGAAUAUCUGUCAAGAGAUAACAAGAUCGAAAUCACAGUAGGCUCUGACAUGAAGAACCAAAUUGAACAGUUAGGCAAGAAAUAUAAUAUUAAUCCUAUUAGCGUGGACAUUAGUAAACAAGAAGAGAAGUUGAACUCCUUGGUGGCAAAACAGGAUCUUGUCAUCAGCUUGUUGCCUUACGCAUUGCAUCCUCUUGUGGCGAAGGCAUGCAUCACAAGCAAAGUUAACAUGAUCACCGCAAGCUACAUCACACCAGCACUAAAAGAAUUAGAAAAGAGUGUGGAAGAUGCUGGCAUCACAGUCAUUGGUGAACUGGGAUUGGACCCUGGUCUUGAUCAUAUGCUGGCAAUGGAAACUAUAGAUAAGGCCAAGGAAGUGGGAGCCACGAUUGAAUCUUACAUUUCCUACUGUGGUGGGCUUCCAGCCCCUGAACAUUCAGACAAUCCUUUGAGAUACAAAUUCAGCUGGAGUCCAGUGGGAGUUCUGAUGAAUAUAACGCAGCCUGCCACUUACCUGCUCAAUGGAAAGGUUGUGAAUGUUGCAGGGGGCAUCUCCUUUCUUGAUGCGGUUACUCCCAUGGAUUAUUUCCCCGGGUUGAAUUUGGAAGGCUAUCCUAACAGAGACAGUACAAAAUACGCUGAGAUAUAUGGCAUUCCAUCAGCUCACACUUUGCUGCGGGGGACGCUGAGAUACAAGGGGUAUGCCAAAGCUUUGAAUGGAUUUGUAAAACUGGGUCUUAUAAAUAGAGAUGCAUUUCCCGCCCUUCGACCUGAGGCCAGCCCUCUCACUUGGAAAGAACUCCUUUGUGAUCUGGUUGGGAUUUCCCCCUCCUCCAAGCAUGAUGUGCUCAAGGAAGCUGUCUUUGAGAAACUAGGAAGAGACAACACCCAGCUGGAGGCUGCUGAGCGGUUGGGCUUACUUGGGGAUGAACAAGUCCCUCAAGCAGAGUCUGUGGUGGAUGCCCUCUCCAAGCAUUUGGCCGGGAAACUCUCCUAUGGCCCUGGAGAGAAAGAUAUGAUUGUGAUGAGAGACAGUUUUGGAAUCAGACAUCCUUCUGGACAUUUGGAAAAUAAAACUAUCGAUCUUGUGGUUUAUGGAGACAUCAAUGGCUUUUCAGCCAUGGCUAAAACUGUGGGGUUACCCACUGCCAUGGCAGCCAAAAUGUUACUUGAUGGUGAAAUUAAAGCUAAAGGCCUGAUGGGGCCCUUUUCAAAGGACAUCUAUGGACCAAUAUUGGAGCGAAUUAAAGCAGAAGGCAUUAUAUAUACAACACAGAGCACAAUCAAACUGUAAUUAAGAAUUCUAUCUUGUUUUUAUCUUCCCAGGCAACAUAGCUCUGAACAUUUGUGCCACAAACCUACUUGCUAAUGUGCUACUUUGAAAUACAAAGCUUGAUAUUUUUUGAGUCAGUCAAUACAAUGAUGUUUUUAAAAUAUAAGUCUCUAUUUUAAUAUGAAAACAUCUGGAGCAGGAGAUGCCAGUAAUUACCAGAAAACUUUAAUAAUUCUACAUGUAUUUUUUCCUGUGUAUGCAAAAGUGGUGAUUGUGCUGUAUGUUAAUUUAUUGUGCAACUUUUUUCUUAUAAGAAUAUAUUUUCCUAUGAUCAGCAGAUAAACUUUUCUCUUUUUAGUAAGAAAAAUUUUUUCACACAGUUAUAUUUUUGUAUUUUUCAAAUGGAUUCAGUUAGAUACUCUUAGAUUACCCAUCUUAUAAGCCUUUGCAAUAAUUCUGUUUUAUGUUUUUUCGGUAAAAUUAUGAUUUAUUUAGUAAAUGACAUUUUUUAUAGUUUUCUCUUGAGUGUUUGGAAAAGGAAAUAGGAUUAAUUCAGAGUCCACAUGAUCACCUCAUUAGGGGCAGAAAAAGCAUUUAACAAAAUUUAACACCCUGUUGUAUUAAAAAGGACUCAAUAAACUAGGAAUUGAAAGGAGCUUUUUCAA